AUGUCACACUCUCCUGAGGAGCUUAAGGGGAUCGCCAUUGCAGGGCGAGUCUCUUCAGAUCUCUCUAUUUUAGGUUCAUUCACAAUCAUCGGUGCCUUUUCCCUUUCGCGACACUUCCGGAGUCCUAUUCAUCGUAUAAUAUUUUUCAAUGCCUUCUAUAACCUGCUCGACUCUGUCGCUACGAUGAUAUCCACUAGUGGACCAGCAGCUGGAGACACUUCGUCGCUAUGUCAAUUCCAAGGCUUUGCUCUUCAGAUAGAGAAAAGGUUCCCAGUAGCUGACGUGCUCUGGACAUUUGCAAUGGCCUUGGAUACAUACUUGGUUGUCUUCUAUCAUUUUGAUACUCAAUCUUUGCGCAAGCUCGAAGUCAAAUACAUCGGUUUUAUUACGACUCUCUCGUUUAUACCUGCCUUUGUCUUCCUCUUUAUCCACAGCCAUGAAAAAGGUUCUAUAUAUGGUGACGAAACUAUUUGGUGCUCAAUAUCUCGCAGUUGGAUGAUCUUGCGCAUAAUAUUUUACUAUGCACCCGUAUGGCUGAUAAUAGUCAUCGUUCUAAUACUAUAUUGUCUCAUCGGUAUCGAGAUAACUAGAGUCCGCGAUGAGUUCAAAUUGAGUGAUGACGAUCGUAUCGCCCUGACCUCCGACAACUCGACCAACAGCGUCACGACCACAACUAUGGAAGCGAAUUAUCGGACCGAGUUCGCCCCAGAAUCUACUACAACAAACGAUAGCACGAAGCAAAACACGUCCCAGCGUCCGACACCAUCCACGCAAUUUCAGGCGGUUAUUCGGACGCCGACUCAAAGGCGUGUGUCGCUCAGGCAAUACGUGAUCAUGCCAUCGCUUUUCUUCCUCGCGAUGUUAGCAACAUGGAUUGCACCUACUAUUAACCGUAUCGCCGAAUUUGUGCAUCAUAGACAUGGAAACUACUCCCUUCUUCUGUCGUCUAGAAAUGGUCGCGGGUGA